CUCCGACACUCCCAGCUUCAACCCUGCCUACUCAGCGUCACCUACGAACAAUCUUUUGCUCUUACUACGCAACUUGUCAGCUUCUUGUCCUUUUAAAUAUCUUCUAACUUCAAGUUAUUUGUUCAUUCGCUUCCUUGCUCUCGUCGCACGCCUCCUAGCAUCCCACCUCCGCAAAUCCUCGAAUGCACUCACCCAACGCGCUGGCUAAACAAAGUAGUCAAAAGAAUCGGCUCUUGGAAACAUGGCGGACACUUCCGUGAAAUGCCGGUCAAGCAAUCUCUCCCUCGCCGAGCCAGCCAUCAUUCCAGGACUCCAUCGUGACAAUGACCCGGUCACCUUGUCCAUCCGCCACGGUGCUGCUAUAGAGCUGAAAGAUAUCACUACGAAUGUCAACACACACCUUCGCGCCGCCACACCUUCCGCUAUAUCCUCCACCGCUCCACCAACAGAGUCAGCAUGGGGUUCGAGGAAGGCCUCGAGCAUGACGAAGCCCACCUCGCAUGGAACAAAUUAUUCGGCGGGUGGAUACAAUGGGAAGCGCAAUGGGCUGAUCACAUAUGCGGCCUCUUCAUUGAGUGCGACGCAUGGCUCAGGGUCCGACACGGAUCGUGAAGCCCAGCGUGACCAGGACACUCUUGGUAUGGGCAGCUGGGCAGGACUUCCGCCCAGUCCCCCUGUAAAAGGGUCAAACAAGCGACCGAAGAGGUCGAAGAAGCCUCCCGUUGUGCUUAUCCAGCAUCAGCGGAAAGAUGUCGCGGCCCUCCAGGCCGAGGAAGAGUACAUAGAGGAGCCCAACUCAGCUGAUCUGAAAGGCAAGAAGUACCUUCGCCGACGCAAGACUAAACUCGACAACGAUGCCAACGAUCUCGGUCUCGCGGAGGAGGGCCGCGCGCCUUUGACUACAUGCCGCACAUUGUCGCCGCCCCUUGGCCGACUUCGCCUCAUAGUCGUCCUCAUUUCGCUCAUGGCAAUCGCCCUCACGCUUGGCCUAGCUACAUGGGGCAUUUGCAACACCAGCAGCAAAGAUCUCAAGCACCAGAUGUACCGCAUCAAAGCUAUUCUCUUCGGGUCGAUUUCACUGGUUUUCACCUUGACGGCAAUCAUCAUGGUCGCUAUGCGACGGGUGCUUACGGAGGUGCUCCUCAUGGCUUUGGUGGAGUUUUUGAUUGGCUCCAUGCUUCUGUUUGAGAUUGGGGAGUUUAUGGAGCAUCAGCAUCCGUAGGGAGGGGUUCGGAGUUUGGGGAUGGCGUUUUGAGAGGGAAAAAAAGGUGCUGGCGCUCAUGGGAUGGCGCGUGAGGAGAAAGGGUCUGCAGAUUCUACGUAUCUUGGAUGGAGGUUUCCUCAUUGUUCGUCUCGACAUUAGAUUCCCUACGCAUCACGGGAGUUUGGAGGUACAU